AUUCUCUUAUGGAGAUGAACAAGUUUGGAUUUGAGUUAGCAGAAAAGCCAUACUUCUACGGCUCCCAUUAUUCAAGUGCAGCUUCAGUGUUGUACUUUUUAGUGCGAGUACAGCCUUUUUCGGAUCUCUUUCGAGACCUUCAAGGAGGAAAGUUUGAUCUUCCUGACAGAAUGUUCCAUUCUGUGGGGCAUAGUUGGCUGAUUUCUUCUGAACUAUCUUCUUCCGAUGUUAAAGAGCUUAUUCCAGAGUUUUAUUACUUACCUGAUAUGUUCAUUAACUCGCAAAGUUUUCGUUUUGGUGAGAAGCAAAACGGCGAGAUUGUAAAUGACGUUAUUCUUCCUCCGUGGGCGAAAGGAGAUCCUCGUUUAUUCGUUAUGCUGCAUCGCCAGGCGCUUGAAUCCGACUAUGUUACUCUCCAUUUACCUGAAUGGCUGGACCUUAUCUUUGGGUACAAGCAGCGCGGACCCUCUAGCGUGACUGCCUUAAAUGUGUUCCAUCCGCUGACCUACGAAGGAAAUGCAGACUUGGACGAAAUAGACGACGACAUCCGCCUUGAAGCCAUGCUUGCGCAGAUUCGUAGUUACGGCCAAACACCAAUUCAGUUGUUCUGUAAGCCUCAUGUACAUCCUUCCGUCUCGCGGGCGUCGCUGUGUCUAGAAUCGGUGGGCGCUGAUCCUGAAGUUUUGCUUUAUUUUACGAAGAACUUUGAAUGCACCAACAUUACUUCUUUUGCUGUGACAGCCUCAAAGUUAAUAUCUCUUUCAGAAAAAAAAAUAUUUCUCUUUCUCGGCACAGAAGAGCUUAUAUUGUCUUAUAACGAAUGGGACGGGCGGCUCCGGGUGUCCAAGUCGGUUGAUAAUAAAACGUUUUUAUUUGCUGAUUUAGAAUGUCCAUUUUUCAACAACGAUUCAAUCACGUGCUGCUCUGUUUCAUUGCUGGACUCUGUUUGUCGGUUAUUUGCCGGCAGCGAGAGCGGUACUAUCUACAUGCUUUCGGUGCACCAGCAAAACGAAAAUUUUAAAGUGACACCCUUAAGAACAACACAUUCCCAUUUACAAAAAGUCACAUGUGUCGCCACUUGUUCGAGAUAUGGUCUUCUUGUGUCGGCCUCCGCGGAUAACACGACGUAUAUUUGGGAUUUGGCCUCGUUGGAAGUGCGCCAUGAAAUAACUAGCGACGACGGACAAGUGCGAACAUGCUUAAUAGAAAAAAUGCAAGGCGACAUCCUCAUGCUUCAGGAUAAACGUGAAGCCGAUACUGGGUCUAUUCUGAGUCUUUGGGAUAUAAACGGAAAGCUUUUAUGCAAAAGAGGUACCUCAGAAGUGAUCAAUUGCGUGUGUUUCUCCAAUGAGAAGUUCGACUUUUCCAAACUAUUUGCGGGGUUAAACAACGGAGAGAUCCACGUGUAUUCUGUGUAUGAUUUGUCGCGUGUAUUCUGCAUAGAAGCGGUACGCGCUGUUCCUGUGACGGCAUUGGCGGUCAAUAAGAAUAACAAGUACUUAAUAUCCGGCGAUCGAGCGGGAGACGUCAGAAUUUGGGGUCCAGUAGCUUUAAAUAGUGAAAGAAGCAAAUUUUCAAAAUGGGUGGGAAUAUAA